AUGCAGCACCACGAAACCGAAGCAAAGCUUACUUCACCUUCGGACGCGGAUAUGUCUCCUUCGACGAACAUGGCAGCAUUGUCCUGUUUACCAGAGGAGCUGCUCGAUGAUAUCACGGGAUAUAUGAAACAACGCGACCUCGCUCAUAUUUGCCUCGCGACGCACCAGCUGCGACGUAUCGCGAACGAAAAGCUCUACACCAACCUUACCCUCAACGAGCGUUACUCCGGAAGCUACCACUGCGCGGUCGAACAAGUCUUCUCCUUUGCGCUCGCGCUCCUUCACCGGCCUGAACUAGCAUCUAGCGUUCGCAAGCUCUCGAUGAGUCUUAUAAGAGGGCAGCCAACCUCGCCUCCCAAAUGGUCAUCUGACGACAUCGCUAAAGCACUACGAGUGAUCGACGACAUGGGUACCAAAGGCACUGGUUGGGCCAUCCGUGUGCCAGACUGGAAAGCGCGUUUACUUUCUGGCGACGGCAAAGCUUGUGGUGGUCUCAUUCUCGCUUUACUUCCAAAUCUGGUCGAGUUGGAGAUAGAGAUCCUUGCCACUAUGCCUGACUUUCGUGUAGCGGACGACGAUGUUGAGUAUAACGAACGCAUUGUAUGGUCCCAUCAGCGUUACGCAGAGGAUCCUCUCGACAAACUCUUUGGAAAGCCUGGGUACUAUCUCUUGGAAUUUCUAAAACCCAAACGCACCGAUCCGAUCAUGUCCUCUCGGAUGAAAGGAUUCCUCAACGCAAGAAUCAGGAACCUUGUCAACAGACCAGCUUUGGAUUUAUCCCAGAUCUGUGGCCUCAAGAAACUCGAAACUUUGCGGUUCUUCGGCAGCCGUCUUGACAAGCAAUGGUGUACUCUGCCGAAGCUGCAGUGCUUAGAGGUCGCGCGAGAAUGCAGGGUCCCCGCUUCAUUCGUCGCUCCUGCUGUUGAUACCCUUCAACUUGAGCUUGCUAGCUGUGUCGCAAAGGAAGUUGAUCACAACGGGGCGCUCCAUGCCGGGUUUCUUUCGGCCACAUCGUUCCCACGGUUGGAACAUCUCUCCAUCCAGCUCACCAACUUCCACUCGUCUGGCGGCUUCUCUAUUGUCAAACCUAUCCUUAAAGACUCCAAGCGUGCAAAGAGUAAUAGGAUGGUUUAUUGCCUUUCUCGGGUUGCGCCUAGCCUCAAAACCCUCUCAGUGAGCGCGUACGAUAGCUUCGACCAAGAGUUCUUGAAGUGGAUGGGGCCGGUCCCCACCUUUACUUCCUUCAAGCAGCUGGAAACCCUUACUAUACCACAAGAUCUUCUUCUUGGCGAUGGUUUUCCGAAUCCUUGCAAGCUUCUUCCUGCUAGUAUACAGGUGAUUGAGCUUCUUCACCCAAGCGUCAAGGCCUUUGCUUGGCUCGACGCGCUCAACAAAGCUCACCACUUCUUCCAGGACCUGAAAGCUGUGUAUUUGAUCUUUGAAAACGCCCAAGAUGACCAGUGCGUCGCGAUGUACGAAAAAUACAGCGAUUGGAUCGCGGGUCGCAAGAUGCACUACGAAGUGAUCCUGCAAUGUCCUCCUGCCGAGCGCGCGAUAUGCGACACAGUACCGGAAGAGGAAAACCCACGAGCCUAUCGAAUAUGGGCACGCGCUGAUGAGCGGGUAGUACCAUCUUUCGACGAUGAAGAAGCCUUUCCAACACUUGUGCCAUUGACCAAUGACUCAGAGGCGACCCAUAGACGGCAAGCUAGCCACACUUUCCGCAUCUCAUACGCCUCAUGCGCAAAGGAAUGGUAUCAAAAGAUACAGGUCGCGACUCCGAGGACCUCCAAACAAGUAGAUAAUGACUUGACCGUUUGA